ACAGCUUGUACGCCUGUCACUUGAUAAUCCACGUAAAAUUUCCAUUCAUUGUUUUGCGGCGUCCGUUGCGUUGGAGCUGGAGUGUCUUUGUGAUGGUUUUUUCUUGUUUUUAACUCAACCAACCCUCAACUCCGGUCACCGUCGUGUGUAAACUUUUAUAAACAUCGAGACUCUUGUGUAACCCUAAAAUCUACACACGACGGUGGUCUUCGCGCAUCUUAUUGGUCGAUAAAGCAGCCCAGUGCACGUGAUGAUCCCGUAGAAACUAGAAAGUACAGAGAGAGGACACGACACACUUUACAACAAGAAAACGAACUUUUUAACUACAAAAAUUCGCUUUUGUAGUCAUUUCUCGAUAUAAACCUCAAUAAAACGUAAACAAGUGAAAAAGUGACAAUCCCAGAUAAAUAUUCGACGAACCUCUAUUUAAAUCAGGAGGUUGACUUUAGGCGGGCUGCCAAUAGAAUCGUACGAUAUCAUGAGUUCUUGGAACAUACUACUAGAAGCAGCAAAAUUUAUCGAAAUGCAGGAAGAAAUGCAAGAAGAACAGCAACACACUCGUACGACGGUCGCAGCAGAAACCCUCGCAGCGAUGAAACCAGUCUCCCCUACUCUUACCAAGAUCAACCCUGCUCCUACGAUAGCUCUAAGUCCGAAUACUCUUAAGACAGUUACCGCCAACUCAGCUUCCCAAACUGUGGUCAUUUCGUCCAAUAAUAUUUCCCCGGCUAUCAUACAGGGACCCAUUGCGUUUUCGACUUCACCUCCACAGAUUGUGAAAAAACUAGAACAAGACGCCCAGAUCUCCAGUACAACGGUGCCCCAAAUAUCCCGACAAAGAGUGCUGCACAACAGUUUCGACAUCAGAAAUUCCAUCGGAAACGACGAUGGUAACUCGGACGGCAAGAGAAAACAGCCACCUCUGGUGUUCCGAGCUGGUACUCGGGAAGUCCAUAACAAACUUGAGAAACAUCGGCGAGCGCAUCUGAAAGAAUGCUUCGAUCUUCUGAAGAAACAAUUGCCGACGACUCAAGACGAGAAGAAACCAUCGAAUCUCAGUAUUCUUCAUUCUGCUUUAAGGUAUAUCCAGACUCUUAAGCGAAAAGAAAGAGAACUGGAACACGAAAUGGAGCGUUUAGCGAGGGAAAAAAUUAGUGCACAACAAAGGCUAGCCGUAUUGAAAAAGGACAUAAUGUCCCAUUACGAUAACAUAGAUUUUUCCAAAAUUUUGCCAGAAGGUAAUUUAAGCCCAGCCGUACAUUCUUCGAUGUCGAUGAAAGAUGAUUCGAAGGAACAUCAUGUUAUAGACAAUGGAUCUCAUAUGCAUAAUGGUGACAGCCAGGAGAUUUCAGUUCCCAUUUUAGCGAAAAGAAGCAUACCUGUCGUCACCCAAAAUCUAUCUAUUAAAGAGAUUUCACAGCCAGUCCAAACAACAGCCCUAUCCGUGCUUCCCAUGACGUAUCCAGUCAACCAAGGUUUGGUCCUUCAAAAAGUCGCCUUGGUGCCAAAGAGUAUAGACGGCCUAACUCCCUUGAUGUCCACCCAUUUCCUGACGCCACAACAAAUUAACGGAAAGGUGGUACCAAUAACACAGUACCUGGUAAAACCUGUCGUAGUAGUUAGUACUGCUUCGCCACGCCCGAGCUAGUGGGGAUGAGGAUUACAUGAACAAAGUUGGGGGUAGAACUGAGGGAAGAGAGUGAAAAUAUUCGGUUCCAUGACAUCUCGUAACGCGACAGUUCGUAACGGUGACAAUUCGUAACGCCAUCAGUUCGUAACUAUACAUAGAAAUGUAUGCGAAAUGCGUUUUUUUUUUGUAUCAAUUCAGUAAUACUAAAUUUGAUAAAAAAAACUUAUAUGUUGCCGUUACGAACUGACGCCGUUACUAUUUGCGGUGUUACGAAAUGUGGCGUUACGAGAUGUCUUGUCACGACAACAUUCACAAAUUCUGAAGAACGACUGAGCUAUUGUGGAUUUUUAUUUAUCGUUUAUUAUGAAAAGUAGUAUUUUUGUAUUAUCAGAUUAUUAAAAAAAAGUGAGUGUAGACAUGCUAGUAUAGGAGACAUUUAGGAAUACAUGUUACAAUUAUCUAGAAAUCAAUAUCAGAUAGGUGAGUACAUAAUAUAUUUUAUCUUCUGAUAAUCAAGUUAUAUUUUUAUAACUGAUUAUUGUUUAAAAUAAUAUUCAAAAGAAUUAUAAUAGUUUUUUUCUAAUUUGUUUGACCGAACAUACAUGUUUAAGUUAAAUUGAUAAUUUAAAAAUGUUUUCGCACAGAAAACUUAUUAUGUUUUGUUCAGUUUUUUUUUUAUUUUUAUUAAAAAAUUUAGUUGUUGAAUGACAUAAGAAAAAGUAAUAGAAGAACUCCAGUAUUUAGUAUAUGAUAAUAGUUAUCAUUUAUAACGACUAAUGAAAAUUAAGUUUUAUUUUUUGUUCUUCUGUGAAUAACCAUUUUGUAGUAAACUAAUCCCAAUUAUUCCAGAAGAAAGAUUUUUUGUCGCAAAUUGAACGAUGAAUUCAAAAAUUAUUUUUAAAUGCAAUAUAACCUCUUCUUAAAACUCACCAAAUUUCAGUAGCAUAUCUCAACCGGUUUAAGAGCAAUAAAUAAAUCGUCAGUUUGUAAGAAAAAUUUGAACAUCCCGUAUCUCGGAAACGAAGUAUUUGCGGACAUACAUUUAUAGAGCAAACUGUCAUUAUUUUUUCAUGCAGAAUUACCCCGUAAAGUUUGUCGUACUUGACAAACCUGUCGCCUUUGUUGACUAGUCUCGACUAAUUUCUUCCAUUUUAUCAGGUCUUUCGCUUGUUCCCUUCAGUUCCUUAUUGUCAUUUCUGGUGUAUCAGUCCAGACGGCAUCAAACCACUUCUUUCGUGGUUUCCCUCUUAUUUUCUUCCUUUGUUCCCCUGCUUAGGCUGUUUAAAAUCAAUAAAGAUCAUAUGCAAACCUAGAUUUUGUUCAUAACUGUUGUUUUGUCAUAGUUUUAGCAUAAAUAUUUGGUCGGUUGUUGUUCUUCCCUGUCUGAAAUCAGCCUGGUGUUCUCCUAUUAUCUUUGUUUCGUAGGUUUUUAUUCUACUUCUUAUAAUUUUUGCUGAAACCUUAUAUACUUCUUCGAAUAGUGUAUUGCUGUUUAUAUUUUUACAAUAAGUCGAGCUAUGUAUCUUUUGCUGUAGUAUAUCCUCCUACUUUUAUUAUUUCUGCUGGUUCUCCGUUUUAGCCCGCACUUUUAUUAGCUGUCUUAAUAUUUCUUGUGUGUUCUAUUUCUUGUGUUUGUUCGUAUAUUUCUGUUUCUAUGCUUUUUAUUCUUUUUUUUUUCAUGUACCAUGUCCUUUCAGAACGUUGGUUACCAUCAUAGCUAUCUUAAGUUUAUUCACUGCCACCCUAAAUAGCAUGCUUGUAUCAACACCAUACCAAUCUCGUAAGUUCUUCAACCAUGAGGUUCUUCUUCGUCCUGGACUGCGUUUGCCUGCUAUUUUCUCUUGCAUAAUAUUUUGUAGCAACCUAUAUUUGGGACCUCUCAUUACAUGUCCGAAAUACUCCAGCUUUCUUUUCUUGAUGCUUUUUAUAAUCUCAGUAGUCUUGCUGAGAAGUUCGAGGAUUGUGGAGUUUCGAAUCUUCUCCACCCAAGAAACUUUUAAAAUUCUUCUAUAGCACCACAUUUCGAAAGCCUCAAGGCGAUUUAGAUCGAUUUUAUUCACAGUCCAGGACUCAACACCAUAAAGUAAGACCAAGAACACGUAGCAGCGAAGUAGACGGAUCCUCAAUGCCAAUUUUUAGGUUUUUGUUAAAGUUUGUUUAGCAGUAAAUGAUUGACUUCAAUUAGUGCGGUCGUAAAUAUUAUUAAAUUUAUCUGACUUGGCCGAUUGUUAAGACCGGUCCGAAGCGAUAAGCAAACGAGGUAGACAGAGUUGGUCUUUUGACAAUUAACACUGACUAGACGGUACUCCUAUAAUAAAGCAAAGGAUUCACAAAAUUUACAAUUAUUACGACGACAAAACAAAAAAAACGGAUGUAAAAUAUAUUGCUUUGCCUUAUAUAUCCGAAAUUAAUGUUUUCAAAUAAGUUUUAAAAUAAAUUAAAUUCUAUUUUAAUUACUAAGAUUAUAGAAAACAAACAUUCAAACAUAUUUAAAUUUUACCUGAAACCGGGCCUUAUAUACUACUAUUGAAGUACCAGUACAAGUAUUGACCAUUGAAGUUAACCAUUUAUGUACUGCUAAACAAACUUUAAACAAUUUGAACAACUUGCUUUUUAUUAGUUUACUUAAAAAUGGUUAUACAAAAAAUAUUUAGCAACAACUUGAAAUUAUUAAAAUAUUAACGUGAGCUAUGUGGCUGUGAAAUAUAUUGAUACUAUUUUGAGCAUUACCCAAUAUAAAAACUCACAUUAAGAAAUCGGUAAAAUAAUGCUCUUCCAACACUAUCUUAAAUAACUAGUAUAACACGAAUCAAGAGAACAUUAUUAAAAAUUAAUAGCACCAAUAAAGAGACAGAAACAAAAAUUAAAUUUUAUGACAGAUCUCUGUGCUAUUUUAAAAUGUUCCAUGAAAAUGACAAGAGAUAGUAAAAAUACUAGUUAGAAAUAUACGCAAGGAAGAUAAAUAACCAUGAUGGGUUUAAGAAGAGAGGAGAGAGAAGACUGAAAAUACAUAGGUACAAUGAUGAUAUUGUAAGCUAAAAAAGUUGGUGGACGAGUAAAUGACAUAUAUAUAUAUAUAUAUAUAUAUAUAUAUAUAUAUAUAUAUAUAUAUAUAUAUAUAUAUAUAUAUAUAUGAAAUUUUAUAGAAAAAAUAGUGAUCAAGUAUAUAAAGGCUAUGAAAACCUGGACAGAAUGGAAAGAAUUAUUGAAAAUGUAAAUUUAUAUGAUCUUCAAGAUGAAAAUAACUGCAUGUCUUGAAUAUUGAUUUUAACAAGGUUGUAAAACUGUUUUUUCAGUGGCAUGUCUAAUUUAAGUAUUAUGUUUAUAUGGGAUUCAACCACAAUUAUUGGUGUAAUGAAAAUUACAUACUAAUGUUCGUCGUAUCGUUCUCAAAAAAGAUUAUUUUAAAAACUCUUCGAAAAUGACAUGUAUAACCUAGAUUUUUAGGUUAUGUAUGUAUUUUCAAAAAUUUGCAUACUUGGACUAGCUCUUAUAGGCCACAAGUGUGUGGUUGAAAAAAUUGUUUGAGGUUGAUGUUAUUACGCUAGGGAUAUCAAAUUCCGAAACUUCAAAGAUUAAUUAAUUAAAAAUAUAAUUUUCAUUACACCAAUAAUAAUGUUGGCUCAUUCCCAUAUAAACAUAAUACUUGAACAUUGAUUUUGUUUAUGUUAGAAAUGUUUCAAUUAAAUUCAUUUUGAAGCCUUUUUAAAUUCAUUUUACAAACAAUUUUGUGGUAUUUAUUAUACAAAGCACAUUCUCUCUAAUUGAUUUCUAUAAAUAUAACAUGUAUUCUGAAGUUAUACAUACAAAAAUUAUAUAUUAUAUUUUUCAUUUCAAUUAUUAUGGUGGUUCAAUGGUAUUAUAGGUUUCAUAGAUCUCACCACUAUAAUAUUGAAAAGUGGUAUAAAAAAACUUGUAAAUAAUCAGUUCAAAUGGCAAAAUGACAUAUUGUAAGAAAAAUAUUAAGUCAUUAUAAACUCAUUAGGACGUA